AUGAAUUCAAGUGAGUUGCAAGAAAUAUUAAGUGCAAUAGCAAAAGAUGAUUUAGAUGCAAGUAAUGUUAUUGAUAGAAUAGAAAAUCAGCUAGAAGAACAAGAUUUUGACAUAAUACUUCCCAGUAGUGGAAUGGAUGUAAAGACUAUUUUACUACACAUUGCUGCUGAAUAUGGUCACUUAGAAAUAGUUGAAUGUCUUGUAGGUAAAAAAGAUGUUGCUGUUGAUUUACGAGAUACGAAUGAUAACACUCCUCUACAUCGUGCUGUUCUCAAGAAUGACUCAAAGAUAGUUGAAUAUCUUAUAAAAAAUCAUGCUGAUCCUAAUGUAAAGAACAAUCUCGGCUUUACCCCUUUAUACCUUGCUGCUACUUAUGGUUACUCAUACAUAGUUGAAUAUCUUGUAAAAAAAGGAGCUGCUCUUGGUAUACGAGACAAGAAGGAUAAUACUCCUUUAUAUGCUGCUGUUUUAAAUGGUCACUCAGGUAUAGUUGAAUAUCUUGUAAAAAAAGGAGCUGAUCCGAAUAUGAAGAACUAUCGUAGAGCUACUCCUUUACAUGCUGCUGCUGAAUAUGGUCACUUAAAAAUAGUUGAAUGUCUUGUAAAAAACAAAGCUGCUCCUGAUGUACAGGACAGGGAUGGCUAUACUCCUUUACAUUUAGCUGCUGCACGUGGUCACUUAGAAAUAGUUAAAUAUUUUAUCGAGAAAAAAGAUGUUGCUCCUGAUGUACAGUACCACUUUUGCUGUAUUGCUUUACAUACUGCUGCUGCAGGUAGUCACUUAAACAUAGUUAAAUAUCUUGUAGAAAAAGGAGCUGAUCCGAAUAUGAGGAACUAUCGUAGUGCUACCCCCUUACAUGCUGCUGCUGAACAUGGUCACUUAGAAAUAGUUAAAUAUCUUAUAGAGGAAAAGAAUGUUCCUCCUUGUGUGCAGGACAGUUAUGGCUAUACUCUUUUACAUUUAGCUGCUACAUGUGGUCACUUAGAAAUAGUUGAGUAUCUUGUAGGUAAAAAAAAUGUCGCUGUUGAUUUACGAGACACGAGUGACAAUACUCCUUUACAUUUAGCUGCUACAUGUGGUCACUUAGAAAUAGUUGAGUAUCUUAUAAAAAAUAGAGCUGACUUUAAUGUAAGGAAUCGUAAUAAUAAAACUCCUUUAGAUGCUGCUCAUGAAAAUGGUCGCUUAGAUAUAGUUAAGUAUUUAAAUGAAAAGAAGGUUGCCGCUGAUGAAAAGAAUAAAGCUCCUUUACAUAUGGCUGUUAAGAAUAGCAAACAUGAUAUAGUGCAAGCUACAUCAAACGCGGAAGCCAAACAUAUUGCUAAUAAAGUGGUAAAAAUUGGUGUUUCUGUAGGAAUAAUAACCAUGUUGAUAGUAACUAUUGGAUGUGUUGCUGCGAAUGUUGGAUUAGUUAUAGCUGUAACUGCUGCGUUAGCAGUUGGGACUGUUGCUGGUAGUAUUACACAUGUAGUAUUGGAACCUAGCAAUAAAUUAAAUAAAUUGUUGGAAUUAUUAAUAAGUGCUAAAAAUAAGGGACAUAUGAUUAACAGAAUAAGAGGGGAGUUAGAAAGACAAGACAAAGACUUGGGAGAUGUAUAUAAGGAGUGGCUUGGCAGUCAAGCGAACACAGAAUACGCUUUUAGCAAGUUAUAUCCUUGGGAGGAUAUAGGUAUAGCAGAGAUAUUGCUGCAUAUAGUUGCCCAUAUUGGUGCACUAGAGACAGUUAAGUAUCUUGUAGAGAAAGAAAAUGCUAACGUUAAUGCAAAGGACUACUUAGGUUCCACUGCUUUACACUUUGCUGCUGAAAGUGGCCACUUAGGUGUAGUUGAAUAUUUUGUAAAAAACGGAGCUGACGUUAGUGCACGGGAUAACGAAGGCCUAACUCCUUUGCUAGUUGCUACCAAAAAUGGUCGCCACUGCAUAAUUAAAUAUUUUAUAGAUCAAACAAAAGUUGAUACUAAUAUAGCAUCAUAUUGUAAUUGCACUAUUUUACACUUUGCUGCUGAAAGUGGCAUCUGUUUACGUUUGUUUAAAUAUUUUUUAUGUAAAGGAGCCAAAGUUGAUGCACGGGAUAGGUGGGGUUUUACCCCUUUACAUUUAGCUGCUGAAAGUAACCGUUUAGGUAUAGUUAAGUAUCUUAUAAAGAACUUUACAGACGAAGAAGUUUACAUUGAUGCAAAGAAUGAUGAUGACAAUACCCCUUUACACCUUGCUGCUGAAAGUGGCCACUUAGAAAUAGUUGAAUAUCUUGUAGGUGAAGGAGCUAACGUUAAUGCACAGAAUGAUGAAGGACUAACUCCCGCAGGUAUAGCUAAUGAGAAUGGUCAUCUAGAUAUAGUUAAGUAUUUUAGUAAAAAGCGUGGUGCUUCUGAUGCAAAGAACAAUUCUGAUCCACACAUAGCUGCUGAAAGGAUCAAACUGGAUGAAGUACAAUCAAAUAAGGCUGAUAUUGUGUUAUCAGUAUUCGAUAUAACAUCCAUUUUAAGAUUGAAUCAGAUAUCACUAAAUGAGAAGGCCUAUGGUAAAUUAAAUAUGGAAGAACUAAGGAAAUAUGGUUGUGAGCUGGAUAACAUAAUUGAAAAAAUAAAAGAGAAGUUAAAAGCAAUAGAUCUAGCCACGUAUGAAAAGUGGGAAAAUUUUAAUUUUAAUGUGAAUUAUCUGAUAAACAAUUGCACGGAGAGAUAUACUCUAUUGCAUAUCGCUGCUGGAAAUGGCUAUAUAAAGACAGUGAAGGCUCUGUUGGAAAUAGGUGCAAAGGUUAAUGUAGUAGAUAGAGAUGGGGUGACUCCAUUACACUUA